AUGUCCAAGGACGAAGCUCGGCGCCGCUUCUUUGAUUUCAUGACCAAGGUUACGCAAUAUGAGGAGCUAGUUGAUGCCGGAAAAAUGUUUCUUGUAAAGUUUCGUCAGGAAUUAGAGCAUUUUCGAAGACCAAUGAUUCCCAUGGAAUCAGGUGCUGUCAGUCAGUUAGUCAAAUCUAACUACACUGAUCGACUGAAGUCCUAUCUUGAAGCAGGCUGCCACCUUCAGCACCAAAGUAUCCGGAAUAUUAACCAGUUACAGUCUUGCGAGGAGAAACUUGAGGACCAUAUAAAUAAAGCUAAAGUUUUGAUUGAAGAACUUGAAUGCCUGGCCGAGGAUGUUUAUAGCACUACGCUAAUAGCCAGCCUUAGUAUCUUAGAAGCUUCAGAUUGCUCUGAUGGCGAUAAUAACCUGCCAGCAGAUUGUUGUGAGGAUGAAGGGCAGUCUGUGGAUCCGCUGGACAGCGCAGUAUCUUAUUCGAGCGUUAUGAUUCUGGUUCACAAUAUGUUAAAGCUGGAUUAUUCGAUGCAGGAGAAGAUAGUCAAGGCACUGAGCCUUAAAACACCAUCGUCGGAGCUAGAUGGCUAUUGUCUGAUGUGGGAUUUGCGGCCAUAUGUUGAUGACAAUGUGAUGCAGCUUGCCUGGAAAUUCAUUUCGUAGAAGCGGAAGCGGACCAUGCUUGAUGAUAAACCAAGCAGCGUGAACAUUAGUGCCUGAUAGACAAUGAUUUUCGCGCAAGUAUCCCUAUUUACCCUUAGCAGUUUAAAUCUUUCAGAGAUAUUUCUUGAUUCUUAAGUUGGUUAUUUCCUAAUGUUUGUUAGUUCGACUUAGCCUCCAAGUUUGUAAAUUGGCUAUAUAAUGCCUAGCAAUAUCAGUGAAUAG